CCAGAAUUGUGAGAGGAAGCGAGGAUCACGGUCACUGAUGAUAUUCUCGGGGAGGCCGUGAUGGCGAGCAACAUGGUCAAAGAAGAGUGUGGCGACGUCUUUGGCACUGUGCGAGGUCGUGCAAGGGAUGAAGUGGGCACGUUUGGUCAAGCGGCAGACAAUGAUGUAGAUGCAAUCAUGCCCGCGGUCGGUCUUGGGGAGGCCGCACACGAAGUCCAUGGAGAUGGACUGCCACCGGAUGGAGGAGACGAUGGUGUUGUCAGUGCGGAUGGUGAAGUAUUGCCUAUCGAGGUACGGACGCCAGACUGUGAGGGCGUGAAUCACGGCGAGGAGUUCCUUCUCGUUGGAGGGGUAMUUCAUCUCCGCGGGAAGGAGCUUCUUGCUUGCGAAGGCGAUAGGGUAUUCGCCAGGUGGAGCCUCGGGGUGAGUGGGCGAGUCCUUGAUGGAGGGGGUCUCGGCGGUGUCGCGGGGGAAAUGUUGGGACAGUACGGCUCCGAUGGCGAAGUCGGAGGCGUCAGUGGUGACAUAGAAAUGGCGAGUGGGGUCGGCGAUCUUGAGGACAGGGGCUGUGGUGAUGGUUUGCUUGAGCUCGUCCUUGCGGGUGAGUUUGUGGAGAGGGUAAGAGAUCUCGGAAAAGUUGCGAAUGAAUGGGCUGUAAUAUUUGGCAAGGCCAAGGAAGGAAAGGAGUUGGAGAAGGGUCUUGGGUGGAGGGUACUCGACGAGGGCUGUGACCUUCGAGGGGUCCAUAUGGAUGCCAUUAGCGGAGACAAUAUGGUCGAGGUAUUCGACGCUCGAAGCGGCAAACGUACAUUUGUUGAGCUUGGCGUAGAAUUUUUGCUCUCGGAGGAUCGCGAGGACUUGGCGGAGGUGCUGAAGGUGGGACUCGAAGGUGGGGCUGAAGACAAGGAUGUCAUCAAGGUAGACAACGACGCAGACUUCGAGGAGGUUGUGGAAGAUCUGGUUCAUGGUGGAUUGGAAGGUAGCGGGGGCAUUGGUGAGUCCGAAUGGCAUCACGAGGAACUCGUAGUGCCCGAACCGAGAGCGGAAGGCGGUCUUGUGAGUGUCCUCCUCGCGGAUACGGAUCUGGUGGAAGCCACUACGAAGGUCGAUCUUGGUAAAGUACUUGGCUCCACGGAGACAAUCAAGGAGCUCGGAAAUCCGAGGUAGGGGGUACUUGUUCUUGAUCGUGAUCCGGUUCAA